CAUUGACGUCGCAACUCUGUUUCUCAAUAGCGCUGGGCUGGACUUACGGGAACACAGGAAGCGCGUUCACGGGAAAAGGUGUUUUUUUUUUAAGUAAAAGUUUUUUUUUUUCAAAAGAACAAGUUUAAGCUUAUCUGACGAGUUAACAGCAACCUUAGUUUUACUCUCCAGUCCGCAGCGAAAGAACUGAGAUCCAAUCAUGGCAAAAAACAAAAGUGUCUACACUCGCUUUGAUAACCCUCCUCAGUACAGCGAGGUGAAUCAGGAGCUGCCGGGCUUCAUGAUGCCACCGCCGCCUUAUGAUGCUACUGUUCCUCAUGGAGGAUCGAAUGCUGGUGUUCCUGUCGUUGUACCCGUCGCUCCCCCAUAUGCUCCACCGACUGCUUUUGGGAAUCACAUGUACAGACAGGGAGUCUCUGGACAGCAUCCAUAUCCUACAGCAGCCCCUUACAUUACAGAUCCUCACAAAGGCGGACCGUACAAAAAGCCACUUCCAUACGAAGUUGCAAUGGGACACUGCGAUCCUUACCCAAACUAUGAAAAGAAGGAGUUUGCCAGCUCAGGACUUGAUAAUAAAGCCGUCCGAAGACUGUUCAUCCGGAAGGUUUUUUCUGUCCUGAGUCUUCAGUUGGCCGUCACCUGUGGCUUCGUGGCCGUGUUCACUUUCGAGCCUCACGUCAAGCUGUUCGUGAAGCAGAAUCCCUGGACGUAUUUGGCCGGCUACGUAGUCUUCCUGGUGCCCUACCUAGUGAUCCUGUGCUGUGGACAGUUUCGCAGGAAGCAUCCGUGGAACCUCAUUUGUCUGAGUAUCCUGACUCUGGCGAUGUCCUACAUGGUGGGUGUGGUCUCCAGCUUCUACGACACUGAUGUCGUGAUGAUGGCCAUCGGCAUCACUGUGCUGGUCUGCUUCACGGUCAUCAUCUUCUCUCUGCAGACCAAAUUCGACUUCACUUCCUGUUACGGCGUGCUGUUCGUUUGCUUCAUCGUCAUGCUGUUCUUCGGGAUCCUGUGCAUCUUUCUGUAUCACAGGAUUCUGGACCUCAUCUAUGCAUCUGUGGGUGCGCUGGUCUUCACCUGCUUCCUGGCUGUGGACACGCAGCUGCUUCUCGGGGACAAGAAUCUGUCCGUGAGUCCCGAGGAAUACAUCUUCGCCGCGCUCAACCUCUAUAUGGACAUCAUUCAGAUCUUCUCAUUCAUUUUGCGAAUCUUUGGAAAAGGCAGUGGCUAAAAGUGCACAAGUAAAGAAAGAAAGCCAUGCGACAGGGCUGGGUUAAAAAUAUUGGUUUCCCAAUAUUAAUCGAUCACUCUAGCCUGUUUUCAGAAGAAUGAAACAUUAUAGCGUGUCUCCCGUCCAAUAAAUCACAAUGAGAUUCAUGAUUUGUUACUUUUGAUAUGAAACAAAGUCUCAGAUUUCAAUUUCUGUCCAUUUCAAGCAGUAAAAGCUGUCUUGGUGCUGCUUAAUGUGGAGUGACAGAUCGCUGUGGUGUUACAGCACGAAAUAAACACGAAUGAACAUCCAGAGGUUUGUUAAAAGAAAGAGUACAACUUUCCCGUCUCAUGCAAUCACUCAAUCAGUGAAAAAAACAUAUUUGGUGACCAUAAACUCAUUAGUCAGCUAGAAACAUUAACUCUAGAUAUAUGCACUAUAAAGCAUAUUCAUUAUAAACUUUUUCUGUUCUUCAAUAGUUUAAUGCAUGUUUCAGUAAAUCUUUUUUUAAAUGAAUUGGAGAAGAAAUGAUGUAAUUGUAACUUUAUUGUUAUAAAAACUUCAUUUAGUGUAAUUAAACGUUUGUAUGCAUAUCAGUUCAUUUUAACCUUCAAUAUUAUAGUAAUGUAGUACCAACUGACUGCAUAUUUAACAGCAUAAGUUUAGAGGUUUUUUUUCUUUGAGAAAAUUUGGUAUUUGGACCUGAUAUAUAUCCAAUCUAACCUUUCACUGAAACAGAGCAACUGAAAAUCAGGGGGAAAUCUCUAAUAAAUAAAUGUUUUUUUCUCCUCAAAUACACGUUUCUCGCAAUUAUUGACAACCUUUAAUUUUGUGAAACGUAAAUCUAGGGAGACUUUUUGGAUUUUUACUUCAUACACAUUAUUUCCCCGAGGUCUCAAUCAAGAAAUGAAUUAUGUUUUUUUUUUUUCUCCUUAAUCUUGUUUGUAAGCCCCUCCCCUUAUUGACAGAGUUCUUGAUGUCUGAUGAAAAUACACCUUUGGUCUCUUCAAGAGUUAAUUAAUUACAGCAAUAUUUUACUCAAUCAUUUCUAUAAUUGUGGCCAACAUGUAUUUAAUAAAAAUAUUAUUUAAUAACGAGACAUUCCCCCGUUUCAGUUGUUUCAGGCUUCAUAUUUUCCAAGAGUGUGAAUAAUUCUGCUCACAUCUAUGUUAUCCUUUAUACUUUACUUUUAAGAAGGGAAUAAAUACUUCUUUAUCUGCAAA